AUGACUGCUGAUGGUGCUCCGGAUGUUUGGAUUGAGGAGGUAGAGACUCCUGAUGUGCACUUCAACGCGAGGCAAAUGGAAUCGUCGUCGGCAUGCUGGGUUGAAAACCGGUCGUUGGGCAGGAGCGGUGGCAACAAGCCAAAGGUCCGUCGGCUAUCCGAAGCAUUAGCGCCUGUUGUCGAAUUUGAGGAGAGGGAAGACGAAGAAGAGUUCGGUCUGGGACAAUAUAUCUAUUACGGCGUGUGA